AUGGCUAACGUCGCACUGAUCGGAUCGACGGGCAUGGUGGGCUCCCACAUCCUUACCAGCCUCCUCUCCAAUAAGGCUGUGAACCGUGUGGACACAAUCUCCCGUCGAACCCCGGGAGCAGCCACGGCUGCUCCCCAGGCCAAGCUCACGACCUUUGUCUCGGACGACACCUCGACAUGGGCCGCGCAGCUCUCUACCCUGACGCCCACACCCGAGAUCUUCAUGUCCUCCUUCGGCACGACCCGCGCAAAUGCAGGCGGCUUUGAAAACCAGUACAAGAUCGAGCACGGGCUGAAUAUUGAGCUUGCACGGGCUGCGCACGACGCCGGCUCUAAAGUUUGCGUUUUGAUCUCAGCGUCAGGUGCAAACAAGGCUUCCAAUAUUCCGUAUUCGCGCAUGAAGGGUGAGAUUGAGGAGGAUGUGAAAGCGCUUGGCUUUGAGCGGACUGUGAUCCUGCGCCCUGGGUUGAUCGCGGGGACUCGGGAGGAGAGUCGUCCCUUGGAGGCUGGCAUUCGAUUUAUUGCGGGAUGGGCAGGAAAGCUUCAUUCAAGCUUGAAAGAUGGAUGGGCUCAGGAAGCUGAUGUAAUUGGCAAGGCGGCUGUUAUUGCUGGGUUGAAGGCCUUGGAAGGGGAUGUUCCCGCGGGUAGUGAGAAGGUGUGGACUAUUGAGGGGAAGAGCAUCAUUGCUCUUGCCAAAGAGUCCUGA